CUGCGAGAAAACGCGAGAUUUGAUAGUUACUCCUAUUAAACAUUUACUGACCAGUGCGUCAUAGUGGAUAACUCAUUAUAACACUCCUAGAUUCUUCGUUAUUUCAAAGGAAUUAAGAAAAACAUAAACAAUAUCUAGUUUUGAAGGUUCUAUCUUAAGGUGGAAACAUUUAGAACCAUGGGUGACAUGAGUGACCUGGACAGGCAAAUAGAACAGUUACAAAGAUGUGAAGUAAUCAAAGAAAGUGAAGUGAAAGCCCUGUGUGCUAAAGCCAGAGAGAUUUUGGUAGAGGAAGGAAAUGUACAGUCAGUGGAUGCCCCAGUUACAGUUUGUGGUGAUAUUCACGGCCAGUUUUAUGAUCUGAAAGAAUUAUUUAAAGUUGGCGGUAAAGUCCCAGAAACAAACUAUCUAUUUAUGGGCGAUUUUGUUGAUAGGGGUUUCUACAGUGUUGAGACUUUUCUACUGCUCUUAGCCUUAAAGGUGCGUUACCCAGAUCGUAUUACAUUAAUUAGAGGCAAUCAUGAAAGUCGUCAGAUUACUCAGGUGUAUGGGUUCUAUGAUGAGUGUUUACGAAAAUAUGGAUCAAUAACAGUGUGGCGGUAUUGUACAGAGAUCUUUGACUACCUCAGUCUUUCAGCUAUUGUAGAUGGAAAGAUAUUUUGUGUACAUGGUGGUCUUUCACCGUCAAUCACAUCACUGGACCAAAUUCGUCAGAUAGAUAGAAAGCAAGAAGUCCCCCAUGAUGGUCCCAUGUGUGAUUUAUUAUGGUCAGAUCCAGAGGAUAUGCAAGGUUGGGGCGUGAGUCCACGAGGCGCUGGUUAUUUAUUUGGUAGCGAUGUGGUCAACUCAUUUUGUCAGGAGAAUGAAGUGGACUUGAUAUGUCGAGCACAUCAACUAGUAAUGGAAGGCUAUAAAUGGCACUUUGGUGAGAUGGUGCUCACUGUCUGGUCAGCUCCUAACUACUGUUAUAGGUGCGGUAAUGUGGCAGCCAUACUUGAGUUAGAUGAAAAUUUAAAAAGAGAUUUUACAAUAUUUGAAGCUGCUCCACAGGAGUCUAGAGGUAUACCAUCCAAGAAGCCACAGCCUGACUACUUCCUUUAGUCGCUACUGAAUUGAGGAGGUGAGAGAAGAGGCAUCUGUUUUGUAUAGACCAAGCAACACUGGAAGCAGCUGGUGUGUGUGUGUGUGUAUGAUUUGUAUCGGGACACAACUGUACAGACUAAUUAUCAGUGGUUACUGUUCUUAAAAGUCUGUUGUUUCUUUUCAUUGAACUGAAAUCUUUAAAAAAAAAAUAAUGUAUGAAUUAUAGAUGUUUAUAUUCUAAUACAAUGUGUGUAUUUAGUCAUUAGAAGUAUUAUUUAAGUUGUCGAAGAAGAAGCAAAUAAUUGUAUUAUCAAGCACUUUUUUCUUAAUAUUCUGUUGUCUCCUAUUUGGGCAUACAAUAUUUAUUUUAUAUUUCUAAACGUCUGGGGUGUUGUUUUUUUUAAGGAUAAAAGAGUUAGAUGUAUGUUUAUUUGAUUAGUUUCUAAAUUAAUGCAAUUCUGACAGUUGUAGUGUCAAUAGUAUAUUUUGAAACUAAAAUAUAUUUCAAUUAUAUCUGGACUGUGAAGGUGUACAUCUAAGUGAAUGUGUGUUAAUAUGAAAUGUAUUCUCCUUACUUUGUAUUUGAAGCUGUUGUUGCAGCCAACAGAUCUGAGAGUGUAUUUGGAGAUUGUGUGUUUGGUGUCACUUGAGAUGCUGUUACCAUGUAGAUUUAUUUUUGUUUUCUAUUCAUUCAUAUCUGACUUUCAAAUCUUGACAUAGUCAUUUUUUAACAAUCUUCAGUUCUAUGAAAAUAUCUCCAUUAAAAAUAGCCUCCAAAAUGGCCAAAGAUAUAUACUUUUCUGUCCCAUAUGCUAGGAUAAAGUCAUACAUAUGCUCCUUCUUUCCUGGUGUCAUUGGGGCUGGAAUGGGUUGCCUGGAUUAGCAGGAAAAUCAUUGCUUUAAAUGAUUUUAAGUCUAUAAUUAACAUGCGUGACUAGAUUAACACAUGGGUAUGUGUAGGUCAUAAUUAUUUUCUCUUCCGGAGUAGUUUAUAAGAUAACAUGCCAUCAUUUUGUCCCGCCCUACAUGAUAAGAAAUGUUGAUGUUGUCCGGUGCAUGUCAUUAUGUUGAGGUGUUAAUGAAAUUUUAAACCACUGUUCAUAAUUUUCAAACAACUUCAGAGUACUAGAGUGAUAUAUAAUUUGCCAGUCAUUGGAUAUGUGAAAUUAAUAUUUGCUUGUUUGGUCAUUUGUCUUGAGCUAGCCCACAUAAUUCACUCUGGAGGCUUGUAAUCCAUUUAUAUUUUUUGGUAAGUAUUGUACUGACAUUCUGUAAUAAAAAUAAUACAAGAAUAUAUUCUCUGUGACAACUAUAAAAUAGAAAUGUUAAUGAGUUGUAAGUGGGAUGGAUGUGUCUUGAUAACUAUUUGCUAAAUGUCCAAUAUUUGAACUGCUGAUAUUAAAGCUUGUGUUUGACUGUGGUUCUCUCAUUGUGUGAAAUAUGUUUUGUUUUUUUAUGGCAACUGUACAGAAUAUAACUAGAUUAAACUGUGAAUGAUUUCUUAA